UCUAUCGUUGGACACUUAGGUUGUUUCCUUGUCUUGCCUAUUUAUUGUGAAUAAUGCUGCAGUGACCAUGGGAGUGCAGAUCUCUCUUUCAGGGAGUGAUUUCAUUUCCUUUGGAUAAUAUAACAAGAUGUGGGAUUGGUGGAUCAUGUGCUAGUUCUAUUUUCAAUUUUUUGAAGCGCCUCUGCAUUGUUUUCCGUAAUGGCUGCCCCAAUUUACGUUCUCACCAACAGUGCACAAGGGCUCCCUUUUCUCCGUAUCCUCACCAGCACUUAUCUUUUGCUUUUUGAUAAUGCUCAUUGUGACGGGUGUGAGGUGAUAACUCAUUGUGGUUUUAUUUGCAGUUCUCUAGUGAUGUUGAGAACUUUUUCAUGUACCUGUUGGUCAUUUGUAUGCUUUGAGGGAGAAAUUUAGGUUCUUGGCCCAUUUUAAGUUGGGUUUUUGGUUUUUAACCUGUGGAGUUGUGUGAGGUCUUUAUAUAUUUUAGAUCUUGAUUCCUUAUCAGAUACAUGGUUUGUAAAUAUUUUCUCCCAUUCCUUAGGUGCCUUUUCACUCUGUUGAUUAUUAUUUUGCUGUCGACACAUUUUCUUAUACCUUUACAUUCCCACUAGAGUUUUUGUGUUUAAAAGUCUGCAUACCGUACAUUAUGUACUAUUGAUAUCCUGGACUUAACAGUUUCAUUCAACCUUAUAGCUUUGUAUUGCCUCUGACAUUGAUGUGGUUCAUUUCUUUCAAUCGCUGUGACCGUGACUAUUCCCUGAUAGUAGAUACUGAAGUUUCUGAUUUUGGGGUGUUUUUUUGUUUGUUUGUUUUGGUACACACAGCCACAUGGUAACAUUCUUGUGUAUCUUGUUGUGUGCAUUAGCAAGAGUUUUUAUAGGGCACAUACCUAGAAUUAGGUUUCCUGACUGAAUUUACAGGGUUUCAGCUCUUCCAGGUGGUGCCAGGUGGAUUUCCAGAGUGACUGUACCAGUUUAUACUCCCGCAGGACCCUGAGGAUCUCAUUGUUCUUUAUGUCUUCAACAUUUGAUAUUGCGAAGCAUUUUACAUUUUUCCCAAACUGUGGGGAGAGAAGUCUUGAAUUUGCCUUUCUCCAAUUCUCAAUGACGUUGAAGAUUGUUUCAAAUGUUUAUUGGACUCUUUGAUUUCAUCAUCUGUGACUUACCAAGUCAUUCUGUGUUUAGUUUCUUAAAUGAAUGGUCUUGUCCUGUGUGUGUGUGUGUGUGUGUGUGUGUGUGUGUGUGUGUUUUAAGAUAUAUUCCGUGUAUCUUUUCUUAUGUAUUAUGUCUGCAAAUAUCUUUCACUCUGCAUCUUGUCUUUUAAUUUUGUGUUUUGUACAGAAAAAUUUUUGGAGUAAAAUUAAGCAACUUCUCCUCUAUGGACUGUAUUUUGUGUAUUUUCCUAGAAUAGCUGUAAUUUGAAAAAAAAAUAUUUGGGUCUUCUAUGUGCUUAAAGUAUAUUUUUGUUGGCCUUAGGAGGCAGGGAUUGAAUUUUAUUUUCCUAAGGAAAAUCAGUUGUGUUGGUACCAUUAUGAAUAGCAUGUCAUUAACAUAUGCAUGGGUCUGUUCCUUAUCUUCUUUACUUUGCUUACACUUUGCUUUUAUUACCAUAGCCUUACAGUAAGUCUUGAUAGGUGGGAGGGCAUGCCUCUGCCUACCUUAGUUCUUUUUUGGCAUUGUCUUAGUUAAUCGUGGAUCAUUAUUUUGAUAUUUAGUCAUUUUUGUCAGAUUUCGUGUUAUGUCCUGUUGCAAUUUUGAUUGCACAGAAUUAAUAGGUUUAUUUGAGCAGAGUUGACAUUUUUAUGAUAUCGAAUCCUCCUAUUUGUGAAUACUGUCUGUUUCUCUGUAGGUCUUUUUGAUGUCCUUCAGUGAAGUUUUACCAUUUUGUCCCUGGCAUUAUGGACAACACUUGAUGGCCAUUGUUGAAUGUAUGCACCAGUGUGGCUUACUGCUGACUUCCUCCCCUUGGAAGCCCAGGGUACCAGGCGAUGGCAACUUUGCACCUGUCUGCCCUGCCCCAGCAGCCCUUGUCAUUCCAGGCUGAGGUGACCUUUGAGGACGUGGCCGUGCUAUUCUCCCGGGAGGAGUGGGGCCGUCUGGGCCCUACUCAGAGGGGCCUCUACAGGGACGUGAUGCUGGAGACCUACAGGAAUCUGGUCUCCCUGGGAGCUGGACGUGCAGGUCCCAAGCCUGGGGUGAUCACACAGUUGGAGCGAGGGGAUGAACCAUGGGUCCUGGAUGCACAGGGUGCCAAAGGGAAAGGGCGAUCGAGAGUCAGUGUCUCAGCUCGUGGGACCAGGACUGAGUACAGUGAGUUGUCUUCAGGAGAAAUGCUUGAUGGGGAAGAACUGGAUCGACUCCAGAGUGCUGUUUCCCAGGGACCUGAGCCUGGAGAGGCCCGUGCGUGUGUCCGGGAGCCAGAGGACAGCCUGGACGAGCCUGUGGAACAGAGAUGCCUGAGGCCAGUCACAUGGACUAAUGAGGAGAGCAUCCAGGAGUCUGCACGGAGCCUCAGCUUCCAGUCAAGCCCGAUCUCUGACCAGAGACCUCACAAAUGUGAUAUAUGUGAACAAAGUUUUGAACAGAGAUCAUACCUCAAUAACCAUAAGCGUGUACACAGGACAAAAAAGAUAAAUGUAGUCCAUGAUUCUGGGGAAUUCUUCAGUGCAAAUCUGGCUAAAGAAGCUCAGAUAAUUCCUCUUGGGAAAAAAUUGCAUCAUUGUGGUUACUGUGGGAAAGCCUUCAGGUACAGUGCUAACCUCGUCAAGCACCAGCGGCUUCAUAGCGAAGAAAAGCCCUACAAGUGUGAAGAGUGUGGGAAAGCCUUCGGCCAGAGCUGCGAGUUCAUCAGUCACCGAAGGAUGCAUUCAGGGGAGAUCCCCUACCGGUGUGGUGAGUGCGGGAAGACAUUCAACCAAAGGCCCAACCUCAUGAAGCAUCAGAGGAUUCACACCGGGGAGAAGCCCUACAAGUGUGGUGAUUGCGGGAAACACUUCAGUGCCUAUUCUUCCCUUAUUUACCACCAGAGAAUCCACACUGGAGAGAAACCCUAUAAGUGCAAUGACUGUGGGAAAGCCUUCAGUGAUGGCUCAAUCCUCAUCCGGCAUCGUCGGACUCACACUGGAGAGAAGCCAUUUGAGUGCAAAGAAUGUGGCAAAGGCUUUACCCAAAGUUCUAACCUUAUCCAACAUCAAAGAAUUCACACUGGGGAGAAACCCUAUAAAUGCAAUGAAUGUGAGAAAGCCUUCAUCCAAAAAACCAAACUGGUUGAACAUCAGAGAAGCCACACUGGAGAGAAGCCCUAUGAGUGUAACGACUGUGGCAAAGUCUUCAGCCAAAGCACACACCUUAUUCAGCAUCAGAGGAUCCACACGGGAGAGAAGCCGUACAAGUGCAGUGAGUGUGGGAAGGCCUUCCACAACAGUUCCAGACUCAUCCACCACCAAAGGUCACACCACGGAGAGAAGCCGUACAAAUGCAGCGAUUGCAAGAAAGCCUUUAGCCAGGGUACUUACCUCAUCCAGCACCGGAGGAUCCACACGGGGGAGAAGCCCUACAAGUGCAGCAAGUGUGGGAAAGCCUUCCGGCACAGUUCCAACAUGUGCCAGCAUCAGAGGAUUCACCUCCGGGAGGACUUUGCGAGGUGACCGUGGACGAGGGCCCGUGAGUUCUGCUGUGCACUUCUCCAUAUGACCCACCCCACCCCUCUAUUUAUUGUCCGUACAGUGUUGUCACGGAUGAAGGGCAUUUCUAAUUAAAAACAGACGCAACUCUUUCCUUAA